AUGGCGUUUGCAUCCACGGGGACCGCCGACCUGCUGCGCCCUACGUUCUUUGAGCUGGUGGCAGCGGAGGCCCUAAUGCCCAGCCUCAAGGCGGCCCUCGCCUAUUCCCUGUGGGUGAAUGCACAGCGCCAGGCUUGGAUGGGCCGCGCCUUGAAAUAUGAACAUGAGAUCUAUGCGGCUGUGGCUCUGUUCCUGGAGCACCAGAGCUUGUCCGGCGACUGUGGGUCCGUUUCGGAGGCCAUGUACGGUCUUUCGAGAACACCGGUUGGAGCAGCCCCAGGCACAAGGAUUACGAAGAGGCAGCGAUGGAUUUCUAUUCUCUUCUUGGUGGCAGUGCCCUACAUGAAGGCCAAAUUGGACUCUCUGUUUGUGCAACACGGGAGGGUCAGAACCCUGCAGCAAACCAUGGAGGGUACAGAUGAGACUGGCGAGAGCUCACGGAGCCCCACAAAUGACUUGAGGCAAAGGCUGUGCUUAUGGCUGAUGCGUGGUUUCUCAUCGAUAUACCCAUGGAUCCAUGCUGGGUAUGAGGGCUCCCUAUUGGCCUACCAAGUUCUGUACCUUGUCGAGAAGACCCAGUGUUUUACACCGUGGUUGCACAUCUUGGGAUUGCGCAUUGUCCGGGCUCCAGCUGAGGACCAGAUGCGUAAGAAGAACAGACUCCGGAUGCAGCGGUGGCGACGAAUUCAGGACAUACGGGGCAGCGCAUCAUGGUCUUGGCUCCGUGUGCUCAAAGAGACCCUCUUACAGUCAGGAUGGGCGAUUUCUGACAAUGUUAGGACUUCCCUGAUCAUGGCAGUCUUUGCUUUUAAGGCAAGUACAACACUGUGUGUGUGUGUGCCACAAGGGUGCCACAAGGUGCUACUGUUGCGAACGCAUUUCAGUGCUUCCAAUUCUCAGAAUGCCAUUCACUUGGCCAACCGAGUUACUGUAGAACAUUUCACAUCCUGCCUGCCACAAAACUCCUGUGAACUAGCAAAAUAUUUUGAGCAUGACCUCCCGUGGCCAUUGAAGCAUGUAGGCCUCGAUCGCAGGCGCUGGAGUGGUGGUACACAACAGCUGAGGAACGUUUGGCAGCCAGCCAGGCAUUGCCUGUCCCUCCCCCACCACCUGGACCGAUGCCCCACCCAAAUGGCCUGUCACUCCCACGCAGCCCAGAGCUGUGCCCCAUAUGCAGGAAUGUGCGUUCCAAUCCAGCCCACCUGA